AUGGACAUACCAGGAGGAGAUAUGGAUGCCGCUUCGUUGGAUAACCGUGGCCUAAAUGCCAAUCACCCACCCCAUGUAUUCGGGGCUUCCAAUCCAGAUGGCUCGCCUGUCACCCCGUCCCUCCCCGGCACGGUAUUCGUUGAAGAUAACAACGAUGCGAAGAGAAGAAGGAUUGCUAGAGCAUGCGAUAUGUGUAGGAAGAAGAAGAUAAAGUGUGAUGGGAAAAUGCCGAAAUGUUCGCAUUGCAUAAAUUACAAGUCCGAGUGCAUCUUCACUCAGGUGGAAAAGAAGCGGAAUCCUCCAAAAGGUGCCAAAUACAUCGAGGGGCUUGAAAAUCGAUUGGGACGAGUGCUUGAGAAAAGACUGGCGGACCGAGCGGCGUCGCCGAGCUCACAACAGCACCAACAACCACAACCACAACCACAACCUCCAAGGGUGUCCACCGUACCUAAAUCAUACAACAGUUUCAUGGGCUCAGCAACAUCGCCUUCGAAUUCUACGCCUCGUGGUGAAUUCCUAGCUAGCCCAAGAACUUCGUCAGUUGCGGGGACCCCUGAUUCCCAAAAAGAAUCAGAGGCGGAAGUUGACUCCCUUUCGGAUAUGAUGUGUUCUUUAGUCACGAAUAACUGCGGGGAAACACGAUAUAUAGGUUCGUCCUCGGGGUUCUCCAUAUUCUCUCCGAAGGGUAUCCAAUGGGUAAAUGAGAAAACGGGAGACACUUCUUUCCAGCAUAUGAUUUCAUCUGCAUGCGUAGAUGAUAACAAAUGGAUAUACUGGAAACCAGAAAUUUUUAGCGACAUAUUUGCCCGCCGGGUUUUUAAACCUCUACCACCCAAAGAGGAGGCUUUAUCACUCUUCAGGGAUUAUUUUGAAAAUUUCAAUUUUGAAAAGCAAUACUCGAGAGAUCCGUACGAAGGCUCUGGGUGGUGGGCUAGCAUCAAUGUUGCGCUGGCAAUCGCUCACAGACUACGGGUAAUGAGCAAUCUUGCACCGCAGGAAGAAGAUAAGAAGGCAUGGCUUUAUCUUAAGAAUGCCAUGGGUGUGCUCACAGAGCUUACAAUGCGGAAUACUGACCUUCUAAGUGUGCAAGCUCUGCUUGGGAUGGCAUUAUUUCUCCAAGGGACACCAAAUCCUCAGCCUUCAUUCUUCCUCGUUGCAGCCGGAAUCCGCUUGUCUCACAGUAUAGGUCUACAUAAGCGUUGCUCGGGCUUCGGCCUGAACCCUGUAGAGCUUGAGCAACGGAAGCGUGUCUUUUGGAUUGCUUACAUUCUAGAUAAAGACAUCUGCCUUCGAUCAGGUCGACCCCCUGUGCAAGAUGAUGACGACAUGAACGUAGAACUGCCCAGCGAGGAUCCUCCCGAUAACAUCGGCAACGUUCCACUUUCCGAUGGCAAAGGGAAAAUAAAUUUAUUCCGUCUCAUGUGCAUAUUCGCAGCUAUUGAAAGCAAGGUAUAUAGGCAACUAUAUUCCACCAAAUCAUCACGGCAGUCUGAUGGUGAACUUCUAAAUACCAUUGGUGAACUGGAUCAUGAACUUGAGGAGUGGAAGAAUAGCAUUCCUAUAGACUUCAGACCAGAACAUGAGAUUAAAACCACUCAUCGGCCGCUGAUCCUUCCUAUUGUCGUUCUUCAUUUCGCAUACUACAAUUGUCUAACGACAAUACACCGAAUGUCUGUCCAUCAUGGAUAUUGGACAAGCCGUCUUUCGAAUUAUGCCAUACAAGGUCUAAACGCUAGGCCACUCAACCCUAGGGUAUUUUCGUCGGCUAUCCUCUGUGUCUCAGCCGCUCGCGCCUCAAUAAACCUUAUCAAGUACAUCCCGCAGGGCGACUUUGCCUGUGUAUGGUUAAUUAUUUAUUUCCCUAUUUCAUCCUUGGUAACUUUGUUUGCCAACAUCUUACAAAACCCACUUGACGCAAGAGCUCGAUCGGACGUCAAGCUUAUGAACCUUGUGGUCAAUUUCCUCUCAAUGCUUGCCACUGAUGAGUCCAAUGGUAGCGUCAAGCGCAUGCUUAGCGUCUGUACCGAAUUUGAAAGAAUCGCCAAAGUUGCGCUAGACAGAGCUGAGAAAGAAUCUCAGUCGAGGCGUAAGAGAAAGACCAGUGACGAUCAGCAGGACUUCAAUACCACUCCAAAUGGCAACGAUAAGGAUACCCCUCGUCUUCGGCCACAAACGGCUGAAAACCCUCCGUUAUCAAAUGCACAGCAGCACUCAUUCCCCUCACAACUACCUGCCCAUCUUAACAAUAAUAAUACUAAUAUAUCGAGUACAUCAUCGAGCACAUUCCCAUCACCUCAAACAUCAUCACAGAACGCAUUUGAUGCGGUGGCCAACGAAGAUAUCGCUGCUGCACAGUUGAAGAAUACUGAAAGAUUCAACCAGGAGCUAAAUGAUAUCAUUGGCGGCCCUGGACUAAAUGUCAGCCCAGGAAUAUACAACGUCGAUCAACAGCUUUCUCAUGAGCCCAUGCCACUGGAUGUCUCAUCAUUCCAACAACCUUUUGUACCUCAAGACCUGUGGCAGAUGCCCAUGACACUUGAAUGGGACUGGGCAGAGAUGUCGAACAAUUUUCCAUUUUCUAACGGAGCUGCGGAAUAA